UUGGCGGAGGAGGAAAAAAGUUUGACUUUCGGCUUCAACUUUUUAGUCAGCUCGGAGGAGGCCAUUGCAGUGGGCAAAGCGGCUGUUUGGGGACUCCGUUAAGCCCCCCUAAAGGAUCGAGGAAUUUAUUGCAAUGCAGUAUUGCGCAUAUUGCAACAGCUGGAGGCAAUGCACCGAUUGCAUCAACUACAAUCUCUGCAUGCCGUGCUGCUGUUGCAGUAGUUGCAAGCAUGGUAGCCAGCAGUGAUUGUAUUAGCCGGGGGCAGUUCAUGCUUUGUAUUAGCUGCAUUCCCAUGUAUUGCACUGCUUCGAAAACUUGCUCGCUUUGCAACCACUAAUUGCAUUUGUCGCAUGCCUAGCACCAGCUGCAUUCAGUGUACCAGUUGCGUGCCCCCCCCCCCCUCCGUUGCAUUAAUCUCUGCAGUUGGUUUAAUUGCACGGGGGCAGCAUGACUGCCAAGCAGCGCAAAGCAGGCAGAGGGCGGACUGAGAACAAUGCUGGGGCUUUCGUUGCUCCGGGCCGGACGGAAGAGAGGGAGGCUGGGGGUCCCAGGCACAGGGAAGCCUGGGCUUGGAAGUGCCGAGCCGCGCUGGGGCUGCUAUUGCUCGGGGUGGCCGCCGCCGGGGUCGCUGUCCUGGGCUGGCUGCUCGUGCACCAGCUGGAGACGCUGGAGCAGCUGGGAAAGACUGUGGAGAAGGUGCGGGGCCGCCUUGAGGAGCUGGACGUGCUAAAGGAGCAAGUGCAAAGGACGAGAGAGCAGCUGUCUAACACGGCAGAGCUGGAGCGGCGACUCUCUGACCUGGAGCUGGCCCAGAUGCUGUCUAGGCAGAAACUGGAGCGAGCCUCUGUUGCUGCUGAGCGCAUCGUGGCCUCUGACCCUAUCGGCAAGCUUGCCGCCUUCCAGGCGGAAGUGAAGCAGGCCAUCAGCGAGCUGAGAGGAGAGCUCCCCUCUGGGACCGAGCUGGCUGAGCUGCAGAGCCAGCUGGAGCAGCUGAGAACCACCGAGCUGGAGAUGCUGAGGCAAGAGGUGGCCGGGCUCUUGUCGUCGGGUUCCAGGCUGGAGCAGAGCGUGGCCUCGUUGACCGGCUCCCUCACCAGUGCCCAGAGGAGCCUGGAAGAGAGAGCUCAUAGCCUGCAAGCCAUGCAGCAGGAAGCGGAGCACGCUAAGGUGGCUGGUGAGAGAUUGGAGAACAACAUUGGCUCCCUGUCAGCCCGGACCUUCAUCCUGGAGGGAAGCCUCAACCGCACCACACUGCUGGCACGCGCCCUGCAGCUGCAGCUGGAGCAGAACAGCAAGGCUCUGGCUGGGCUGCAGGAAGUGGCAGCAAAUCAGAGCGGGAGCAACAGCUCUGAACCUCGGCAGCUGGAGAACCUCAGGGUGCAGAUCCAGCAGCUGCACAUGGAGAGAUCGGCCACGCAGGAGCGGGUGAACGAGGCGCUGCACAGCAUUGCUGACCAGAGGAGAGAGCUGCAGGGCAGGAUCUCAGAGCUGGAAACGGCUAUUCAUGCUCUUCAGGGCCAUGUGACUCAGGUGGAGCUGGGCAUGGUCAAUCUGAACACACAGCUCUCUGGUGCCGUGGAGCAGCAGCUGCAGGGUCUAAAGAUUGGGAUGGCCAAUCUGGAGAGCAGCCUGGGCACCAGCCUGCAGCAAUGUCUCUCAGGAGAAGUACAGACCCGCUGUGAGACUGAGGAUGGCUGUGGGUGGCCGCACGUGCACGAGAUCAGCUUCCCGCACCGUGUCCCGACCCAGCCCACGAUUAUGCUGGGGCUGGUGGGGCUGAGCACUCGCGGUUCUGUGGGCAUCUCGGUGAGAGCUGUGGAUGUCACGGACUCUGGCUUCAAAAUACACAUCGCCAGCAUGGGCAACCAGAGCCUGACCAGUGCCAGGGUCUCUUGGAUGCUGUGUGCCUAGAUGGAAAGCUAUGAUGCGGCCCCUGGGGCAGGGGUUACUGAGCUGGUGGCAUCUGCUUUACUUGGACACAACUGUGGUUUGCUUUGGUUUUCUUUAAAGUAAUUACAGCUUACAAGGAGUCCAUGUAGAUGGGAUCCCAAUGAAUAGCCCCUUUCUUGGGAGCUGUGUAUCCCCAUUUAAUGGCAGGCUGAACAGCCCCAGGCCUUGCUGAAGGCUCCCGGAAAGUGCAACUGACAAGAUCUGUCUUAAACUUCCAAACCUAAGCGCCUAAACUGAACCCACCAGCUAUAUGCACGCGCAACUGUUUGUCUGUGUUCAGCCACUCUGCAUCUGCAGAUGUGUGUCUCACUCGCACGAAAAGAUGCACCACAAGGCUAAUUGUGAGGGAAGUUGAGCACCUGGGUCUGGAAAGUUGGCCUGUAAACCUCUUUAUUUAGGAAUUUUUUGGUUUUAUUAUUUUCAGUAGCAACAGUUGGAAUGUUCUCCUGCUGCCCAUUUAGGAUUCUACCCAGUGCUUUGCAUGUCAGAAGUGUUAAAACUUAUGCAGAGAUGAUGCUAAUGGCUGGAUGCAGCCAAACAACCAAAGGGUGUGUGUGUGUGUGCGCGCGUCCAGUUGAAAUUUCCUGGCUGAGCCAGUUUCUCCUGGCAGUGUGAGCUUGCCUAUAUGGCAGAGGGCAUUGCUAGUCAGGGCUGCUCAUCCGUCACAGAGCUAUGGCGUCUACACUGAGCCUUACCCUGGAAGAGAUGGACAGACAUGCAAAGCUUUCUUGUGGUGUUGCAAGGUGGGCUAAGACUACUAGCCUUCUCUGGACCUCUGAUCUCACCAAGUGAAACACCAGAGCAUUCAGACUGGGUGUGCUUGCUUGUCUGUCUAAUUCUGCGGAAGGGAAGCAGCUGUAUUUUAAUGUAUACAACUCUCUCAGAAGAAGGCUUUGGGGGCUGCUAAUGGCUUGUUCAGCCUGCUGACCUAUGCACAAUACAUUUGUUCCCCUAUUCUCUCUCCUCCCCCCCCAUCACUGGAAGAUGCACUGGAGCUCUCAACAUAGCAGGCCCCAGGGUGGGAGAGGGGCCUGCAAAGCAGGUUAUGGGUCCACCAUGAGACACCUUGCAAAGAUGGGAGGUGUGUGCAAUUCCACCUCCAUAGUCCCAGUUUGGAGGUUGUGUGUCCUGUGGUGGUGGGUAGAGAAAAAGACUCAGCUAGUGCUACAUAUGUACCCCAUGGAGAUGCGUGGGUCUCAAAUUUGGCAGGGUUGGGGUUGAGCAUAGUGCCUUCUAUGGCUCAAGAUUAGAACACAGAGGCUUCUUGUCAGAAGAUGGGGGAGUGUUCCGCAGAUUGCUGGCUAAUGUGGGAGUGGGGGUUUGGAGUGACUUGGGUGCUAGGAUAGCUCCACGCUAGAGUCACAGGAGACAGUCUGCCUAAAUUGUCCUCUUCUCCUCCACGCGUUCACUCUGCGCUGACUGAAAGGAGGAAGGACAAUCUUGUUAAAGCACAGAACUAGGAUGUUGGAAAUCCAUGUUCUGUUCCUAGCUCUGCCACACGUUGGCAGGUGGCUUGCCCUCUGCACCUGGCCUUUGUAAAGUACCAAGCGAUGCCUGCUGUCUGCAGAAAACUGUAGAGUUUUGUUUUGUUUUUUUUCCCCCUGAAAAAGCAAAUUCUACAAACUGAAACACUGUCAUUUGGAAAUGGGGUUGCCCUACCUUAUGGGAGUUGUAGUUCAGAUGUCUGUUCCCAUUCUCCUCUAUAGAGGGAAUAUGAGGCUGCAUUUACCAGUCAAAAUAUUUUGGGGUUUGGGUCUAUUUUUGGUGGAAAAAUCAAAAGUUUCUGUGUGCGUGAACCUAUUUUCCAAUGACCAUCUCUAGUGCCAAUUACAGUUUCUAAGCUCACUUGGUGCCAUCAGCUGGGACACAUGGCAGAUGCUUUCCCAUAAUGCCUGAAGUGUCCCGCAGGGAUCCAGAACAUUCCAGCAUUGUCUCAUCAUCUGAACUGCGCUGACAAGACUGCUGCUACCCUGGCUCACCAGGAUGCUGGCUGCAGAAAAGGAGGCGGUGCACUGAAAGGUCGAGCUAGGAGUCGUAUGACGUGGGGGGGAUGGCAAAUGGAUCUUCAGGCUGUCGGAGGGCAGAGAGAGGUGCCAAAGCAGCAUGUUUCACUCUGGAUGAGUGGGGACAUCCAGAACUCUCAGGACAGGCUACAGGACACAACUAAGACUCUGAAGUGACUUCUGGCAAUGGGAUCUGAGAGCCUGAGCAGUGCCUGCUGCUUCUUCACACCCAUGCUGAUCAUG